AUGAUUUCUACAAAUUCGAAUCCGGAUUCGCCGCAAACCCGUAAGCAGGUUGUGGCUGAAGCUUCGUCCUCCCGUGUUCUUCCCAAGCCCGUCCCAGAAUCCCAGGCUCAGGAUCCCAGGACAUAUCAGAUCGACCAGUUGCGCCGACGGUAUUCACCAAAGGAAACAACCGCCCCAGAUGGCGCAACUUCACUGGCCUUCAGGAUGAAGCCCUCAGAUCCUGACUUUCCAUUCGAAUUGUCUACCCUCGAGUGUGAUAUUCGUGUCCCCCAGGCUUAUCCGGAUGAGACGCCGGUGUUGCAUGUAAAGAACAAGGACAUCCCGAGGGGUUUCAGUAUCAAUGUCGAGAGAGGAUGGGACUCGCUCAUCGAGGAGAAACCCGGGGCUACUUUGCUCGCUUACACGCGAGAGUUGGACAAGAACCUGGAAAAGUUCCUGUCUGAGCAAAAGGCCGAGACAGUCAAGCUCGUGACUUUUAGAGACACGAGGCAUGUGGAGGCACAAAAGGCUCAGAGUCAGAGUCAGAGUCAGACACAGGAGUCAGCACAGCCUAAGCAGCCAUCUGAGCCAGCUCCGCCAAAACCUGCUCCACCGCCUGUUAGGUACGUUCCAGAACCGUCAUACACCAAGGAGGAAACCAUCGCUGCGAAAGAGCGACGUGCUUCUGAGAUUCGUCAGCUCGAGGCACGUAUGAAGAGGACAUCUGAAUAUCGUCGUUCGCCCGACGGCGUUGUGUACACUCUACCGCUAGAGCCACAGAAGCGUGACCAGCUUCCACCAGGAUUGCAGUCUGUCAGGAGCCUUCAUCUGAUCAUUCCAUUCCUUUAUCCCCUACAAAACCUCCGCAUCCAGCUCAACAACGUAGAGCCCCAAGAUGCGGAGCCGGUGGAGGAACUCUUCUGUGAGAAAGCUGCGGAACAGCAACAUAUGACUCUCAUGAGCCACUUGAACUACCUUGCACAAAACAUUCACAAGCUUGCCAAGCAAGCACAGGCCCAGGCACCCAAGAUUGAGACACCCGCCCCAGCUGCUGAAGAUCAGUCUCAAGAUACAAAGGAACCCGAGCCAAAAUCUGAGAAAAGCCACAUUCAGGUGAUUCCACGACCUCCUGAGUGGGGUUAUGUUGAUGCAGAUGACGAGGAGAGCUCUAGCUCUGAUGAAGCUGAUGAAGGUGGUGCUGCGGUGGAAGAUGAGGAGAAGGAACCGCAGGUCUACAUGCCAGGUGAAACCCCUGAGCGUGGCACUAUGGUGUCGUUCCCUUCGAUUGAGUUGCACGGUAUUGAACUCCUCCAGCUUGCCAUCUUGAGCAUCAGUAUCAAGUGCGAGCGAUGUAAGACACUGAACGAAGUCACGGGCUUGAAGCCCGACGUCGAGAAGACGACGAGCUGCAAGAAGUGUGCUACAGCGUUUGCCGUCAAGUUUCGACAGACGCUUAUCCACAUGAAUUCUACACGCGCUGGAUUUCUCGAUCUAGCAGGGUGCAAGGUGGCAGACAUGCUUCCUAGCACGUUUGUUCCUACUUGCGAGAGGUGCUCGACUCCAGCUCCAGGUCUUGUCUCAGUACGAGGUUCAUCAGUGACAAACGUCUGUCGAGACUGCCACGGUCAUUUUACCUUUAAAAUUCCCGAAGUCAAGUUCUUGUUCAUCACCCCGGGGUCUCGCCCCCCACCAACGUCGGGCCCUCGCCGGAAACAAGAGAAGCUUGGUCUACAUGCGGGAGACCAACUGCCCGACAAGGGUACAUGCUCGCACUACCGAAAGUCAUAUCGAUGGUUUCGCUUCUCAUGCUGCAGUCGCGUCCACCCCUGCGACAAGUGCCAUGACAAACAGGAAGACCAUAUAAACGAAUGGGCCAACCGCAUCAUCUGCGGCUGGUGUAGCCGCGAGCAGAACUACUCAUCAGCUGUCGAGGCGUGUAGAUUCUGCGGUCGCUUCCUGAUAGGUAAAAAGGGAAGAGGGUUCUGGGAGGGUGGAAAGGGAACUCGAGACAGGACGAUGAUGAGUCGGAAGGACCCGAGAAAGUACAAGAGGAUUGGUACUUCGGCAGCCAGAGAAAAGUAG